GGGGUAACAGACAAGCAAAACUUUCAUUUUGCCAUCCAAUGUUUUCAAUAAAUCAAUGCUUAUGUAUAAAAAUAACAUUCUAAGAUUUCGCCUGAUAAGUUAUGAUUGUUCAAGGUGAUACAUAUCAAGUCCACUGAAGUGCAGACACAAUACUAUAGAAUACACACCCAAUACAGCUAUGGACUUGGAUGUGAUGUUCAGUGAUUUCCAUCAUCAUCUCAAAGAGGUGAUUCAACAAGAACCAACACAUUCUGAUGCAAUAUUGAGCAAAGAAGAUGUCAACUGUUUGUUAUCUGAGGACAGUGUCCAGUCUGUUAGCGUUGAAUACAAAGGUAUAACUGGCUAUCCAACCCAUCCUCUGUACAAGAGGAUAGGAGAUGUCUUUUUGAGCUGGAUAAAAACUGGGCACUGUCCAUUGUUAGACCUACGAGACUAUGAUUUGCUAGAUGAGAAGCUGUAUAAAGAAAACAGGGCUGGAACCAUAUGCACGAUUAACCCACAAUUGGAGGGUUUCAUAUCUCUGUGGGACUUCUGGGUGGAUGGUGAAAAGCAAUACAAGAUCAGGGAGAUAUUUAAGCUAUUGGGAAAGAGAGGCCUCUUAGAAAUGCUUGGUUUAAGAAAGACUGUGGGAACUGUAGACAGCUGGCCCCCUCCCAGAAGUUUACUUGAACAGACUUUUCAAGAUAAACACAAGGAGAAUGUGGGUCUAACAGUGGGUGCACGUGCACUGGCAAAGCAUGGUCACCGAGACAUGUCAGCAACCUGGUGGGGACUGUCUACAGGGAAUGAAGCAGCCAAGAAUCAGCAUGCAUACAGGAAGAUGACAGAAAUCUUGGACAAUGCAACCUGGAUAAACAUUCAUCAGCUUCCACAUGAUAUUCAUAUCAUAGAAUGCCGUAUGUGUGAAGGCUACGGAGUAAGAUGGACUAAAGAUGGCAGUUCUUUCAGGGGGUUUCUAGAGCCCCAAAUGGAAGAUGGACAUGAUGUCGGGUGGAGACAUUGA